AAAAAUAAAACCCAGGUAAUAAAAGCGGCGUAAAACCCUAGCUCCACUGCAAAACCCACAAAGCACCAAAACUGUCAUCACCCACAAAAACGAAAACGAAGAAAAAUUAACAAUGGUUCGCAGCCUCAAGAACCCUAAAAAGGCCAAGAGGAAGAACAAGGGCUCCAAAGGAGAUGGGUCAUCAUCGUCUUCUUCAGCACCGUCAUUGCCUACAAAGGUGUGGCAACCAGGAGUUGAUAAGUUAGAGGAAGGAGAAGAGCUUCAGUGUGACCCAACUGCCUACAAUUCCCUUCACGCCUUUCACAUCGGUUGGCCUUGUUUAAGCUUUGAUGUAGUGUGUGAUACAUUGGGUUUGGUGCGGAAUGAAUUUCCACACACAGUGUAUUUUGUUGCUGGGACUCAGGCAGAGAAAGCUGCUUGGAAUUCUAUUGGAGUGUUUAAAGUAUCUAACAUUUCUGGGAAAAGGCAUGACUUGGUGCCUAAAGCUGCUGCUGGAGAUGACGAUAUGGAUAGUGAAAGUGGUGAUAGUGAUGAAGAUAGUGAAGAUGAGAGGGAAGGUGGUUCGGGUUCACCAACUUUGCAGUUACGCAAGGUUGCUCAUCAAGGAUGUGUUAAUCGCAUACGUGCCAUGGCAAAAAAUCCCCAUAUAUGCGCAUCUUGGGGAGACACUGGUCAUGUGCAGGUAUGGGAUUUUCGCUCUCAUCUAAAUGCUUUAGCUGAAUCGGAAAUAGAAGCUAGCCAGGGAGCUUCUCAGGUUUUUAAUCAGACUCCAUUAGUUAAGUUUGGGGGGCACAAGGAUGAGGGCUAUGCGAUAGAUUGGAAUCCUGUUACUCCUGGAAGACUUGCAACUGGGGACUGCAAGAGUUACAUUCAUUUAUGGGAGCCUGCAUCUGAUUCUACCUGGAAUGUUGAUCCUAAACCUUUUGUUGGACAUUCUGCAAGUGUUGAAGAUCUACAAUGGAGCCCUACAGAAUCUGAUGUAUUUGCCUCUUGUUCUGUGGAUGGAACCAUAGCAAUUUGGGAUGCACGUGUUGGAAAGUCAGCAUUAACUUCUUUUAAGGCACAUAACGCGGAUGUGAAUGUAAUCUCAUGGAACAGGCUGGCAAGCUGUCUUUUGGCAUCUGGAAGUGAUGAUGGAACGUUUUCCAUUCAUGAUCUAAGAUUGCUCAAGGGAGGAGAUUCUGUUGUAGCACAUUUUGAGUACCAUAAACACCCUAUUACAUCCAUUGAGUGGAGUCCACAUGAAGGCUCUACUUUGGCAGUUUCAUCAUCUGACAAUCAGUUAACGAUAUGGGACCUUUCUUUGGAAAAGGACGAGGAAGAGGAAGCAGAAUUCAAAGCUAAAACAAAAGAGCAAGUAAAUGCCCCAGAAGAUUUACCUCCUCAACUACUGUUUGUGCAUCAGGGACAAAAAGACUUGAAAGAGCUUCAUUGGCAUAAUCAGAUACCUGGAAUGAUUGUAUCAACUGCAGCCGAUGGUUUUAACAUUCUGAUGCCUUCCAACAUACAAAGUACCCUUCCACAGACUGUUGCUUGAGAGUAUAAUGUUGCCAUGCUGCCGAGAGGCUGCCAAUGCAUCAUCAUGGCAGCCGGGUUAGAUUCGUAAAUUAUCAGUUACUGAACUGUGGGAAGAAAAGUUGGUUUUUUUAAUCUUCUGGACACAGGGUGAGAUUUGUUUGCUUGCUGUUGCUCCCAAAGAUUUCGUGUAAACUGCCAUAGGUGUGUUAAGAGAUUUUUUUGGCAA